AUGAACGAUGACAAGGAGAAACUGGGAGUGGACCGUCACCAGAACGACUUCAACCUCAUAUACAAGCUGGUGUUUUUUGCCGCCAUGUGCAACAAUGACUAUGCCCCAGUGUGCGGCUCUAACAACAAAAACUACCAGAACGAGUGUUUCCUCCGUAGAGACGCCUGCAAGCUGCAAUCUGAAGUCCUCAUUAUGUCAGAGGGAGACUGUCCUGCAGAUGCUGGAUCGGGAUCUGGAGACGAUGGAGGUGAGGGUUCAGCCGAGACCGGUCAGAAGGAGACGUCCACCUGUGACAUAUGCCAGUUUGGAGCGGAGUGCGAUGUGGAUGCUGAGGACGUUUGGUGCGUCUGCAACAUCGACUGCUCUCACAUCAGCUUCAAUCCGGUGUGUGCCUCUGACGGCCGCUCCUACGACAAUCCCUGCCAGGUGAAGGAGGCGUCCUGUCAGAAGCAGGAGCGCAUCGAAGUCAAGUAUCUGGGCCGCUGCCAAGGUGACAUCACAACUGGGAACAAAGGAGACGGACACUUUCCACACAUCGGCCCCACGGAGGACUCAGGGACAGGACUGGCCCGCGGCUUGUACAUCCCCUGUCCAGAUCACUACAAGAACUACUGUGUCCACGGGGACUGUCAGUUCCCCAACAUGCUCUCCCAGCCGUCCUGCAGCUGUCACUCAGGCUUCAUGGGCCCCAAAUGUGACAUCAAGGAAUACAACGUGCUGUAUGUGGUGCCAGGCUCUGGAAAACUGCACUACGUCCUGAUUGCCUCUAUCAUUGGAGCCCUGCAGGUGGUCAUCAUCUGUGUGGUUGUGCUCUGCAUUACCAGGAAGUGCCCACGGACCAAUAGGAUCAACCGGCAGAAGCAGAACAAUGUCCACUUCAGUUCUGAGAACACCAUGCGCGCCUCCACUCGUCUUAUCUGAGCCCAGACUCACCUGAAGAGUCGCCCCCCCCCUCACGCUACGGAGCGCUGUGGCGUUAGAUGUUCCCUUCGUAGGCCAACCAUGACAGUUAGCGUCCGCCUCCCUUCACUCGACUCCCCCUCUCCCAUGUCCCAACGACCAGAGAGGACGGUGGCAUCACAAAACAAGAGUUGGCACCGCGGUAAGCGGCAAGACUUGCACGUUGGGAUGAUGUUCUCAUCAUCGGACGCCGCCGCUGCCCACCUUCCUGUUGCCGACAUGUGUCCUUUUUCUGAGGAUCCUGUUUUUUUCUGACAGAACUAAACUGGGGAGGAGGAGAAGGGGGAGGCGUCAAGGACACUGAAUGUGAGUGUGUGUGAGUGUCUUAUUAGAUGUGUGCGCUUCGGUAGAGGCCGACUAGCCGGCGUCUGUUCUUUGUAGACGAGGGUUAAAAGCAAACCGGGGGUAGUGCAACGCAGGGUACCGGGCUUUAAAAAUCGCAGUCUGUGUUCAGUCUGGGAGGGGGGGAGGGAGGGGUUUCGGG